CGCCUCGCCUCCCGUGCCCGUCGCCCUGGACUUUAAGAAACCAAGCAACGCCGCUCUCUACUUAUUCUCCCAGAUUCCAUUGUCGCUGAGUCCUCGCUCCCACUCUCUCGCGAAUCCCCUCACCCCCAUCAUCUUCUCCUCUGCAAGGCCCUGGGGGGGUCGUUUCCUGACGCUUCCUCGUCUCAUUCGACCCUCUUCCUUCGCAUCGACUCGCUCUCGUUCCCGUUUCCCUUGUCACGGUUUGGCAUCUGAGAUCCUAGUCCCUGACCUCAUCGCACUUUGCCAGGCGGCCACCCGCAGAAACAGAAACGGACAACUGCAUUCGCAUUCAACCCCCAACAGCGCCAUGAGUUCGAGCUCCGACGAUGAUCGCCCUCUUGCUAGGGUCAACGGCAAUCGACUGUCCUCGUCCAAGAUUUCGCGCGCCGAAGACGAUGCCAUGGACCGUUCUAUGCCUCGCGACGCCGCAAAGCUGGUUGGGCUGUCGGUCCGUAACGGUCCCGUGCAGGAUGACCCGAUGGACGUCGAUGGGCCCGUAACCAACGGCGCCACGAAGCGCAAGUCGCGUACCUCCAUCACCAAGGUCAACUACAAGGACAACGAUUCUGACUCGGAAGAUGGUGCUCCUCUGGUUCGUGCUCCCCAGGCAAAACGCCAAAGACAAAACAAGAGGGUCGCCGAAUCGGACUCCGAUGACGAGCCAAUCAUGAAGGCACGCGGCAAAAAGCUCCCGCCCUCCUACAAGGAGACUGCCCUACCCGAAUCCUCUGAUGAUGACCAGCCUCUGGGACAGAAGCUUGUGCAAAAGAAGGCAAACAUCGAACGCAAGGCCGACAAGGAGGCCAAGGCGAUGCGUGCCAAGGACCGGGUCAAGAAGCCGACCCCCAAGAAGUCCAUCAAGGAAGAGUCUGACGACGAUGAUGUGCCUCUUGCCAAGUCAACCACCAGGCGCCAGUCAAAUGGAACCGCUGCGAAGCGGAAAUCGAACGGCGUGAAGAAGGCAGAAUCCGAUUCCGACGCUCCCAUCUCCAAGAAGGUCAAAUCUGCACCCGCCAAGAAGGGCGCGAAGGCGGACUCCAAGACAGAUUCCAAGAAGGCCAAGGAGAGCGGCGAGGAGGAGGAAGAAUUUGCUUGGUGGCUAGAGCCAAAGAAGGAGGACGAUUCCAUCAAGUGGAACACGUUGGAGCACAACGGCGUGUUGUUCCCACCCGAGUAUGAGCCCAUGCCCAAGCAUAUCAAGCUGAUCUACGAUGGCAAGCCGGUCAACCUUGCUCCAGAGGUCGAAGAAGUCGCCACGUUCUGGGUGGCUAUGAUGACCCCUGCUUCGUCGCAUCACAUGGAGAAUCCCAUCUUCCGCAAGAACUUUUUCGAGGAUUUCCAAGAGUACUGCAAGAAGUAUGGUGUAACGGACGCCGACGGUAAAAAGGUUCAGAUCAAGUCUCUGGAUAAGUGCGAUUUCUCGAAGCUUGCCGACUACUGGCUCGCCAAGGCCGAGCAGAACAAGACCAAGAACAUGACCAAGGAAGAGAAGGAGGCUGCCAAAGCCAAGAAGGAGGCCCUCGAGGGCCCCUUCACUCACUGCAUGUGGGACGGCAGGAAGCAGAAGGUUGGCAACUUCCGAGUCGAACCUCCAGGUCUCUUCCGUGGCCGUGGCGAGCAUCCCAAGACCGGCAAAGUCAAGAAUCGCGUUACCCCCGAGCAGAUCACCAUCAACAUCGGUAAGGGAGCCAAGAUUCCGGAUCCACCCAAGGGCCAUCAGUGGAAGGCGGUUCAGCAUGAUCAAAAAGCCACUUGGCUCGCCAUGUGGCAGGAGAACAUCAACAACAACUACAAAUAUGUGAUGUUAGGUGCUGCCAGUGAUAUCAAGGGACAGAGCGACUUCAAGAAGUUCGAGAAGGCACGAGAGCUGAAGAAGCACAUCGACAGGAUUCGCAAGGACUACACCAAGGAGCUGAAGAGUGAGGUUAUGGCAGAUCGUCAGCGAGCCACGGCCAUGUAUCUCAUCGACAGGCUUGCUCUCAGAGCCGGAAACGAAAAGGAUACGGAGAACGAAGCCGACACCGUGGGCUGCUGUUCGCUCAAGUACGAGCACAUCACUCUCGAGCCUCCGAACAAGGUAACGUUCGACUUCCUCGGAAAGGACAGUAUCCCAUACAGAGAGACUGCCCAUGUCGAGCCUCAGGUCUUCAAGAACCUCAAGCUUUUCAAGAAGGCGCCCAAGACCAAGGGAGAUGACCUGUUCGACCGCCUGACUACUACUCAACUGAACAAGCACUUGACCAGCUACAUGCCGGGCCUGACAGCCAAGGUUUUCCGUACUUACAACGCGUCCUGGACCAUGUCGGAGCUGCUGAAGGGACUUAGCAAAGAUCCCCGAUCUCGCGGCAGUGUCGCUGAGAAGGUGAAGCUGUACAACGACUGCAACCGUGAAGUAGCUAUUCUCUGCAACCACAAGCGGACAGUCGGUGCUGGUCAUGAGCAACAGAUGCAGAAGCUGGGUGACAGGAUCAAGGGCCUUCGGUAUCAGCAGUGGCGGACAAAGAAGAUGAUUCUCGACAUUGAUCCGACCCAGAAGAAGAAGAAGGGCGCCGCCUGGUUUGAGCUUGACGAAGACCUCGAUGAGGAGUGGAUUAAGGAACACCAGCAGUUCUUGAUCGAGGAGCAACGCACCAAGAUCACCAAGAAGUUCGAGAAGGACAACGAGAAGCUUAAGGCCAACAAAGAGAAGCCGAUGCCUGAGAAGGAGCUCAAGGAGCGACUCCAGGCUGUCAAGGAGCUCGAGGCCAAGUUCAAGAAGGAGAACAAGACCAAGAAGGUUGAGGCUGAGGGUCGAGGUCCCACGGUCGACAAGUUCAUCAAGGCGAUUGAGAAGCUCGACGAACGUGUCAAGGUGCUCGAGACGCAGGCUGAGGACCGUGAUGGUAACAAGGAAGUAGCUCUUGGCACUUCCAAGAUUAACUACAUUGAUCCUCGCCUCACUGUCGUCUUUGCCAAGAAGUUUGACGUGCCCAUUGAGAAGUUCUUCUCGAAGACUCUCCGCGACAAGUUCCGAUGGGCCAUCAAGUCGGUCGAAGAUGAGGAUGACUGGACCUUCUAG